AGAAACUAUAGAACACCUCGAGAACUAUUGAAAAGCCUACUGUUGGAACAUUUUUAAGAAAUUGCGGUGCCAACUUCACACCCGUGUAGCACUUCAACUUUUGAACAAUGUUUCAUUAAUAUGCUUUUUCAAUAGUUCUAGAGGAGUUUUUUAAUUCCUGAUAGGUUUUAACAACAGUUCUGCUACGUAAUACCAUUAAAAUACGUAUUUUCCAAAAAUUGAGUCGGCUCUCCGUUUGUAUCAUACUUUACAUUGUAUACACUAGCCGCGUAUCCAUAGUAACCCUGCAGCGCCAUAAUUACACAACAAGCUCUGAAACCACAGUGUCGACACAUUCGCUUUUCAUAGAAAGUACCACAUAAUCAACGCUCUAUCCAAAAUGGAUAAAACCAUUCGUUUACGCGAUCGGAAUACAUUAAAAAACAAUCAUCGAAAGUACAAAAAUAAGCGCGAUACUUCUAUAGCAUUCGAUAAAAACGCUCGUCAAAGUAACAUACCGAAAACUAAUAUGAAUUUAAAAGUUGCCAAUUCUGAAAACGUCCAUUCAGAGGAAACGGACUGUGUAAAUCCAAAACAAGAACACCAACAUAAGCAGUAUAAACAAUCGCAAAAGCAAAUAAGACGCAGUACCUCUGUGCGCAAAAUUAAUAAUUUAAAAGGCAGUUCUGCUACUCGUGCCAGUAAGGUCACCAAAAAAUCAAGAAAAACGAAAACGAACCACAGUGCGACCAAACUUCCGAUAGCAGAUAUUCUUGAUGAAACCAAGGAAAUGCCAUCCCCUUCUGAGGACUCUGCACCCCUUCGUGAUCUUACAACGGACACGAUCUAUAUUCAAAGGGGCGAUGCAGACUUCAGCGCUGUCAAAAUAUUGAGACGUAACACUUUCGAAAGUCCUUACGUAGAUGCAGAGCGCAAACAUUCUUCUAACCCAAUUGAUAUCUCCGUUAAAACACAGAAAUUUUGGAAAUGCACAUCCCUCAUAUAUCAGGGCCUUUUAGGCGGGCUCGGGCUCAUGCAUUUCAUUUUGAUGCAAACAUACUUCGAACGCAACUUUGAUUCCAUCGCAACAUACUCCAACGUUUCGGAAAUUUAUACCAAUGUCUUCUCGUUCUUGACCGUCAUGUGCCUCGUUUCGUCACUCGAUAGAUGCGACGCAGCUCAUCUACAUGGAAACCACAUACGAGAAAUCUAUCUCAACGCCUCUGGAUCCGUCAUUGCGAUUCCUAUGUACCUAACUAUGCUUUGUCUACAUCAAACAACAGUUCAAGUGGAUGAUAAAUUCUCGCUGAUACGCUACAACAUUACCACGUUGACGAACAACAACGGUCGACAAAUAUUUCUGGAGGAACUUGGAUCGUGGCAAGCGCUCACAAUGACUAAAGAUAUUCUAGCAUUCAUCGCUUGGAUAUGCACCUGCGUAGGAAGUCGCGCUGAUCUGCUGCUUAUCCAAUUGGAAACUAUGCAAAAAUCUGCAAACACGCCGCGCACAACGUAAAUUUUCAGGAUUAUAAAAAAAUUUUAAUCCAUAGUAGAUUGUCCGUGAAUUGUGCCGUUCGUUCGAUCAAUUGAAAGCACAAAUGUACAAUAAUUCGCAAGUUUAUUUAUAACAGAAUAGCAUUUGAUAUGUACAACAUUUAUAAAGUUUACCCAAACACUAACGG